AUGGCCGAAGCAGAAGCCAAGAGGAGAAGGGCUGAAGAGAGGCAACGGCGCCGCGAUGGCGACACCGAUCCUAUCGUCUCUUUCCCCGGAACAGGAGACAUACGUGAAGCAUGGGAGCGUGGGGAGCGAGCCGCUGCAAGGGCACAUGUGGGAGUGGCAGGAGAGGAGCUCGCCAGAAAUUUGCGGCAGCAUAUCGAGGAGGACAGGGGAUACGUGAACGUUCGCUUGCCCAGCGUAAAGCGGAAGGCGGCUGAAGAGGCCCGGAGAGGGGACGUCGACGUGCCAGAGAAUUUGGGAGAGGCGAAAAAGAAGGCGCAGAGCAACGCAGAGGCGGCACUUACGGCAGAGGACGGGGCGCUAAAGGAAGCAGAGGCUGCGGCUCAGAAGAAGGUGGGUGCAGAGGCGGUCAAGAGUGCGGAGGCAGUCGCACGUAAAGAAGCGGGUGCAGCAGCACAGCUGACGUCGGAGGCAGUCGAGCUGCAGGUGGUGGAGGCAGUGGCGCAGAAGGAAUCAGAGGCAACGGCGAGCCAGAAGGAUGAGGCAGCGGCGCAGCAGAAUGAUGAGGCAGACGCACAUAAGGAAUCAGCGGCAGCAGCGCAGCAGAAGGAUGAGGGUGCGGCGGCCAUGAUGGUUGAGGCAGAGGCACAGAAGGAAUCAGAGGCAGCGGCGCAGCAGAAGGAGGAGGGUGCGGCGCUGAAGAUGGUUGAGACAGAGGCGCAGAAGGAAUCAGAGGCAGCGGCGUAG